AGAUACAAUUCAGCCUCUUGAGAAUUGAAGGAGAAGUAUGAAACACAGAGAGACGAAAGAUUUAUUAUAAAAAAUAAAAUAAAAUCUUGCAAUUUUUUGGGGGGAAGCCUAGCUUCCCUUGGCAACCAUGAAUACACGCCACUGCGGAGCGAAUCUUGUAUGUAGGGCAGCGCAGGCAACGCCUCUUCAAAACAAAUUGUAUAUAGGCGGUAGUGUAGUGCAUAGUGUAGCCCUUGCUGGGAGGACUUGAGAACUGCAGUUCAUGAUCGCAAUGUCAGUUGUUUCUGUGGAGGUGCGGCAGUUGUUGCCAUGACAGCAUGUAGUUGGCAAACUCCCCUGUUGCCAUCAAUUAUUAGCAAUGUGCUACACAUUCAAACGCAUUUCUCUGGUCGUUUUUCAGCUGUCUUUCGCCUGUUUUGGAAUUAAAAGAACCGCAGUGACAGUGAACGUUUUGUGGAACGCCGCAUCGCGUUGCAACUUGCUGGUAGAACGGGGAACAUUUUGAAAAAGUAGCCGGGGCCGUCCGUGUUCGGAAAACCUAUUCAUGUAACGUUAAUCUUUCAUUCACGUAAUCUUUCCUGACCUGAUACACUGUUACCAGGACAGUAAGCGAAAGGGGAAAGCUUUACAGUAGGUUUAAGGCUAUGGGAGUGACACUGCACUCACCCAAUUCUACAAACACCCACAGUCUUGAUUAAAACGAAAUACAAUGGGGACGUCUGGAACUGAUGCAGUCGCAUUCUCAGGGGAGGAGGAAGAAGAGGAGGAAUACUAUGAAGUUGAGCAUCUGCCUCCACUCCUUGAAGAUGAGGUGAGAGUAAACAUUUAUGUUUAGCCUACAUUAUUAUUGUUCUCUCAAUGGCAUGUGUAAUGUCAAUAUUGUGGACUGGGGUCCCCAGGGGACUGACUUUAUUGGCUGUGACAUGCUGUGACUUGUGUAAUUCACUUGUGCACCUGGAACCAAAAAGGGUUCUACUAUUGGGACAGCCGAAGAACCCAUUUGGUACUUCUUUUUUUUUUUUAAAGAGUGUAUAGGCUAACCUAUGCUCUUGACCGAGUGAUUGAAUGAUUGAAGAAGACAUGCUGUUUUCUAAGGUCUAAUUUAAUCAACAACAUGCUCCCUCUCUCUCUCUCUCUCUCUCUCUCUCUCUCUCUCUCUCUCUCUCUCUCUCUCAGGACAACAAGAUGAGAUUAAUGUGUCUGUGGCCUUUCCUUAUAACUCUUAUGGUGAUCAGGGACCAGAUUAAUUGUACUCUGGGAUGUACAGUAAUAUCCAUGACUAGCUUACUGUACAGAUGUAUUGACCCCUGCUGUGUCCUCCCUUGGCUUUAUGUGGAUAAUACGGGCAUUCAUUAAAACACUACCCCAUACACUUAGUUUGAGUGUUUUAAAGUUCCAAUGUUAAACAAUGUACAGUGGGCAAUAUGAUUCAGUGCAGAACAGUUAUUCACCCCAGACGUGUUGAGCUGCAGGUCCCUUUGCAAGUAUGGAGACUCCAGAGACACUGCAGGGUAAUCUUGAGUGGAGGGCGGUAUGUGCGAGGUCAGCCUGACAGAUGCAUUCAGCUGUAGCCUACACACAAGGGGAACAAGUGUAAACUUAAUCACAUUUUACCUUUGAAUACUAAGGGGUUCAUUAAACCACUAACAGCUCACCCAGAAAAAAAGUCAGUCGCUACCUCACUCUUCUUUUCGUUCCUCGAUCUUAUUCGAUGUCCUUCUCUAAACCUUUGAGGUGUUCCACCAGUGUAUAGUUGGUCUUAUUAGAGCUCAUGGAGUGAAGAGGGAAAGUUAUGUAGGCCGGCAUAUUUAACUUGAGGAGGGAGAGGGAGAGACUCAAUGUUUCUCUGCACUGUUCUCAAGGGCAACAGUCUAUUUAUAGGCUUACUGUAUGCUGCUGCUUAGUGACAUCUUUCUGCCCUAUUAUUGUGCCAUAUUCUACAGAAUUAUGGGUGUGCUUUAUUCACCUUCUGCAACAAAAAAAUAUAUAUUUUGUAACAAACAAUAAUCUCUUAGAUCUCUCUCAGAUCAACUGAAGAAGGAUAUUGUGUAUUCACUCCAGUUCCAUUUUUGUUAUUUUAAAUGUAUGACAAAGACACAAAACCAGGGCCUGCAAAGUAUCUGAGUAGGAGUGCUGAUCUAGGAUCAGGUUCCCCCUUGUCCAUGUAAUCUCAUUCAUUCUGGUCUAAAAGACUCGACUGAUCCUGGAUCAGCACUCCGUCUCUGAAAUGCUUUGUGUGUACAGGCCCAGAUGUUUUACAGAGAAAAUAGUCAUGGAACGUUAGUGAGGACGGGACGUCCUAGUGAUGAAGCUCAUCAUUCAACUUGACUCCCAUUAUGAAACGAAUGACAACAAUUGAAAUGCCCAUGUCCCAUGAGACUAGGCUUUUGUGAAAAGACCGUGGUCUGUUACACUGUUCAGUCACAUGCAUAGAAUGGAAAUGCAGAGUAUUGGACACCACGUCACAAUGGAGCCGCUCUAUCGCGGUACUAGCAAAGACUUCCUUUUGUGCUCGUGUGCCAAGCCAACAAAACAUCCCGUCUUCUUCACAUGAUGAAAAUGUCGAACAUGCCAUGAGAUGUUUUCUAUUUAUGGAUGCAAUUAGGCUUCUUCAUAACACCAAUAAGUGCCCACUUGGCUUUCCACUGUUUGCAGCAUGACAUGCAAGGAUGUAGGUGUAAGUGUGUUUAUUGCUGCAGGACACUUACUGUAUUACUUUUGUGUGUGUGUGUGUGUGUUACUCCUGUGUGUGUUUGUGUGUGUAUGUCUGCGUGUGAGCACAUGCAUGCUUGCGUCGAUGCCUGCCUGUGUGUGUCCCCACAGGAGAACGUGUCCCUGGCGGAUAUCCUGUCGUUGCGGGACAUCUGUCUGACGGAGCAGGAGGUAUGGGCGGUGUGUGUGGAGUGUGUCCUGGCCUUGCAGAGUAUCGCCUCAUCACCCCUGUUCCACACCCUGUGCAUCACGCCCGACACCCUGGCCUUUAACGCCCAUGGCAAUGUGUGCUUCAUGGAGCAGCUCAGUGAUGACCCCGAGGGCUCGUUUAUACCUCCAGAGUUUGACAAGACUGGCAGUACCUUUGAGGGACAUGUGUACUCUCUGGGCUCCACCCUCUCUGCCGCGUUGGACUUUGUCAUUGAGCCAGAGCUGGAGGCAGAGCUGGGGGAGGAGAUUCAGAGACUGCUGGAGCAGAUGCAGGAGGAGGGGCCAGAGGACAGGCCACUCCCCCAGGACCUCCUCUCCUUUGCAGAGGAAAAGCUAGUAGAUACCUCUUCCACAGCCCUGUGCCGGAAACUCUCUUCUAUAGGACGAAGAGUUCUGUCAAUCGAAUCCGUCGCAACAUUUCAAGAUGGGUGGCGUGGCUCUUGGGAGGCUCGAUGGCAGCAGCCCAAACCCAACUGGCAGCUCCACAAGAGCAUCGACUCUGAGGACAGUAGCUCCAAAAACCAGGGUAUUGUCUCACAUACCACGGCAGAGAACCCGGACUUAAACGACUCCAACGGCCUGCAUCGGCAUCACGUAUGUGGAGCCUGGGACUCCACCCUUUGGGCUGACGGUAUGGGGGAUGUGGAAGAGAAUGGAUGUGUCAGAGAGGAGGACAUGUUUGGUUCGCAGUUGGAUAGCAGAUCUCAGAAUAGUUCUCCUGUACACAGGAGGGCUCAGGAGAGGGCUGGGAGGGUGAGGGGGGUUCUGAAUCGUUCCUGCUCCGUUCCAGACUCCAAUAAUCCCCCCGCAUUCCCGCCCGCGCCCCAUGGGGAUAUAAGUGUCAAUGUAUCGGACCUCACGGAGAUAGGAGCUGAGGAAUGCAUGGGGCACGGGUCUGUUUGGAGCACGAGAGGGGACCGAGAGAAGGCCCCUUAUGAGUGCAAUGACUCUGAGCAAUGGGACUCAGCGAGAGACAGUGAGACAUUAGAAGGGGAAAGAGAUUCUACCCUGCCCAUAUGUGGUGCUGAAACAGAUUCAGACAGUCAAAGUGGAACACGAGAUGAAACCUCUUCGUCCCGCCCAGCUCAAGACCCGGACAUGUUGGUCGACUCUGCUUGCAACAUGACUUCAACCUCAAACCUUUACACUCCCAAUAAUCACAUGACUAAAAGCAUGCUGUGCCUCAAUGAACAAUCUCAGGAUGAGUGGAUCUCUCUGAGGGAUCUACUCACACGGAGUGGGCAGAAACCGUCUGUGAAUGAGCUAUGGGCCCUGUGUCAUACCUGCCUCUCCACACUGCAGACCUACUUAGACUACCCAGCAUACCUGUGCCUGGAUACAAUGUACGUGGGUUGUGAGGGAGAAGUUCUCUUCUUGAAACCUAAAAACACAGGAUCCUGCGAUGCGUUUUAUCUGGCCCCUGAAUUCCAGGAGCAUGGAAUCGUAACUGAAAAGGCCUGUGUUUAUGGGGUGGCUGCCAUCCUAUGGGCCACGGCCAAGUUCAACCUGUCAGCCAAUCAGAAGCUGGCUAUGCCCAGGAAGUUGAAGAUGCUGCUGCUGGAGAUGGCCAAGAGGACGCCCAUCGAAAGACCUUCCAUUGUCGUAGCUAAAAAGAGCUGUCGGGAUUAUCUAUCACGCCUAGGAACGAACGCUGAGACAGUGUGGACGAAUCUGAUCAACAGAGUCCACCCGCCACUCACAAAGGACAUUGAUGCAGAGGAUCAGAAUGGAUUGGACAGUAGAGUAAACUCAAGUCAGGAAUCAACACGUAUCAAGAGUGGGUUUGUGCCCAUGGCCACUGAGAGCCAAUUGGCUCCUGUACCUGGCCCUGUUCCCCAUAGCUAUCCAAUUAGCGGAGCCCCCCAGCUUCCAGAGGCCUUCACUUCCCUUGCCACCCACUUCAACCCCAUUGUCCUGACCAGGGAAGGGGACACUGAGGAAACUCCCCUUCCUGCUUCAGACAUUGAGGAGGCUAUAAGUGAAGUCACAAGAGGCAAUGACAUCCAGCCUGUGCAAGAGGCCAAGGACCGAGAAACCCCCUCACACCUUGAGGACCUACCCCUACCUCAGUCAGAUAGAGACCUACAGGACAACGGACAGGACAGCCCUGCCAAUCAAAGGAGUGUGGUCACACAUAACCUUUCCUCCACUGCCUCAAGUGGCUGGACAUUGGUCAACUCUCCACCUCCCACCUCCCCCAAACUCAGCAACCAGAGGACUCCCAUUUCCGACCACCCACUCCCUCCUUCGACCACCCAAUUGACUUCGUCUUCCUCUUGCCAAUCGUCAUCCUGCUCUCAUCUGACUGGUAGUGGUGUUUUCAACAACUUCCUAUUGCGUCAGGACCCUUUAACAGGGCACUUAACCCUGGUGCCAGUGCAGAUAACAGUCCCCGAGUCCCUUCAUGGUCUGGAGCUCAAUCUGCCCCUGACCUCAAGCUCCAGCUACCUCCAGGGUCAACCCACACAUCCACGGGGCCCUAGAGACCAUCUGACCCCUGGCCAGGGAGCUGAACCUCUUUUGGAAUGCCUUAAUGGCAGACCCUCGGACCCCAAAGCGUCCAUGCCCCAUCCCCACAAUGGAGAAGUAGGUCCAAGGACAGGAGAAGGUGAGGGUGAACACCUAUCAGAGUCCCAUGGACCCCCUCAGGGAGACUCACUUCCUCCCCCCUCCCCCCUAAUGAACCCUUCCCUACAAGAGGUUAUUGGCCUACUCAGGGCAGAGUUUGCCUUUAAUGGCUAUCUGGAGAAUGGUGUAGAGGAUCUAGCAAUGGAGGCUCUAAUGAACAGUCUCCAUCAAAGCCAUGGCAAAGGGCAGCCACCUCACCCCUGAGUGUUUCCAGCUGUAUAGCAGAGGAGAGGGAGGCACUGCGGCGUGGUCAUGUCGACCUGAACGGCAACCUGCACCACA